CUCUCCUUGGCACAGUCUAUUGCACAGAUGCAUCGGAUCUCUUUCUCCUCUCUUUAAAAGUGAAUUUCGGCGGCCUUGGGUUUCAAACAUUUAACACUUUGGUGACUCCUCAUGAGCAGACAUCAUCGUGGUCAAACGGAUCAUCAGCGGCAGCUCCGCAAUGAGGAGUGAGCGCGUGCGCAUGGUCGCCAGAUUGCUUAAAAUAAGCAAAACACACAUGGAAGAAAAUGUAUCAAUUUAGGAAUUCAGGAAUUAGAACUCUUAUCUAAUAUCUGGCAACCACACUCAUGAACGCUGCGUAGUAGAGGCCUGUAGAGCAGUCUGCAAUAACAUUUUGUCUCCUUUCUUGAAGAAAAUAAAAAGAGGUUUUUGGUAAAGUUUUGAUCUUUUUGAAUACAUUUUAGUCUCGUCUUAUUUCGUCAACUAAAUUUCAUGUUGAUAUAGUCUUAGUUAUUGUUUAUCGACCUUGUUGUCGUCUAGUCUUCGUCUUGUCUUAGUCAUGGGAAAAAAGCUCUCAACAAAAAUUUUUCAUCAUAGUCUUCGUUAACGAAAUUAACACUGAAGCACCAUGUCAAGUCAUCCAAACCAGUGUUUUUUUUUUUUUUUUUUUAACCAACAGCAGAAAAGUCAAAAGGGGUUUGGAACAACAUGAUAGAGAGUAAAUUAUGGUGAUGCAGUGUUUCCUGCAGUGUUUAGCUCUUACCCUAUUCAGAAACACCUGAAUAUUAUGCAUUGAAGAAUAGGUAAAAAUACAACAAUAUUAUUAUUGUCAUGUUUAUGUUCCCUGUAUUUCCAUGCCCUUAUUUGGUCCUUCCCGUUCCUGUCCUAAUUGUUUCCAAUUUGUUCCUGGUGUUCCUUGUCAUUUAGUUAUCCUCAUCGCCUGUCUGCCCCUUGUUAUCUGCCCUAUUUAAGUUCUAGCCCGUUCUGUUCUCCCUUGUCUGGAAUUGUUAAUGUCAACCCUUGCUACGUGUGUUUUCCUGUUUCCCUGGAUAUUAUUAAAGACUGUGUGUUUGAAUCAGACUCUACGUCUCCUCAUUCCUCGCUCAGUGCUCCUCACAGUAACAGACCCGUGACAGGUUUUUGUUUCCAUUUUUGAAAAGUGUUUUGUUUUCCUGUUCGUUUCUCCCCGCUAACAUGGAGGAAUGGGCUUUGUUCAGCACCGUGGCUCAGGCGAGUCACGACCCAGUCACCUACGCGAGGGCACGCCCUAGCCAGCUCCCUGGAUGGCGAGACCCUGGUGACGCUGUUCUGGCUCGGAAUCACAUACCAUCAGCCAACGGAACUCCCGGACACCACCAUCCUUGACUGGAAGGAGGCGGUCAUCCCGUGUCUGCAGAGCCUCCGAUCCCAAUCCAGAACCCCUCCGCCGGCAGCUCCGAAGUCAAGCCUGCUGGCUGCGGCAUUCUCAAGUCCACCGGCCGUUCUCGAGUCAAGUCCACUGGCCAUUCCCGAGUCAGUCCCGCCGGCCACUACUAACUUGGUGCUCUUGGACAUGGUGCUACCUCUAGAGUUCUCGGCUCCUAUCCUCACCCCAGAAUCCACUCCAGAAAGUUCUCCUUCAUCUUCGCUGGUCCAGUCCAGCCCUCUUUCAUCUCCUGAUUCCUCCGAGUUAGCCAGCCCUAGUCCUCCAGAAUGCCCUCCAGAGCCUGCUCCUCGAAAUUGUCCUCCAGAGUUCCCUCAAGUGCCCGUUCCUCCAGAGCACCCCCCAGAAUUACUGAUUUUCCCCAGUAAUUUUUCUUUUUUUUUUGGGGUGAGGUGGCAUAUGCCCGUGGCCACACCGACUAAGCUCACAGAGGAUCCGCCAUGGCCUCCUGAGUCCCCUGAUCCGCCAUGGCAACAUGUACUGCCUGCUCCGCCAUGGCCUCCUGAGUCCCCUGAUCCACCAUGGCAACCUGAGCUGCCUGCUCCACCAUGGCCUCCUGAGUCCUCUGCUCUGCCAUGGCAACCUGAACUGCCUGCUCCGCCAUGGCUCCCGGAGCUCAUCUCAUCACCUGUUGCCCUUAUCUGCCUUAUUUAAGUUCUCACCCGUUCUGUUCUCCCUUGUCUGGAAUUGUUAAUGUCAACCCUUGCUACGUGUGUUUUCCUAUUUCCCUGGAUAUUGUUAAAAACUGUAAGAUUGAAUUGGA